ACAAGUUAAAACAUGACAAAAAAGCGGGUCAUGAUUCGACCCGUCACUUCCAACAUGGGCUUCGUCUUCGCAUAGUCCAUUGAACCACCACCUCAAAGUUCACUAUCUCACUCCGCCGCCGCCGGCGACGAUCUGCUCCUUCCAUCUCUUUCUCCGGAGACGGCGUCUACUUAACAUAGAUGGACUGCAGAAUUCUAUCAUUGAAUAAGUCUUGUAGCUUGGCUAGUAAUCUUCGGGCCAGUCCUACACGCAAUACUGUAUUUUAUCGGAAAUGUUCUUAUCUGCCUGCAGGGUUAUUUCAUAAGUCAGUUAGGUGCUCGAUGAAGUCAUAUAGGUUAUCAGAGCUUACGAGUUCUGAGGUUGACAACCUCAAAGCUCGUCCACGCAUUGAUUUCUCCUCCAUUUUCAACAUAGUUCAACCCAUUGUUGAUGAUGUUCGUAAUAGAGGUGAUGCUGCAGUUAAAAAUUACACUUCGCGGUUCGACAAAGUUGUACUGGAUAAGAUAGUUGAAGAUGUCAAUGAGCUUCCAGAUCCUGAGCUUGAUUCAGCUGUUCGCGAAGCAUUUGAUGUGGCAUAUAACAACAUAUAUGCCUUUCAUGCUGCUCAAAAGCCUGUUGAGAAAGUUGUGGAGAACAUGCAUGGUGUCAGAUGUAAACGUGUGGCUAGGAGCAUUGCCUCUGUAGGGCUUUAUGUUCCUGGUGGAACUGCUAUUUUACCUUCUACCGCUCUGAUGCUUUCAGUUCCAGCACAAAUUGCUGGGUGUAAAACUGUUGUACUUGCAACUCCACCUUCUCGGGAUGGCAGCAUUUGCAAGGAAGUGCUUUAUUGUGCCAAGAAAGCAGGUGUGACCCACAUCCUUAAAGCUGGAGGUGCUCAGGCAAUUUCUGCUAUGGCCUGGGGCACUGAAUCCUGCCCAAAGGUUGAGAAGAUAUAUGGGCCUGGGAAUCAGUAUGUCACCGCUGCAAAAAUGAUUCUGCAGAACAGUGAAGCUAUGGUUUCAAUCGACAUGCCGGCUGGGCCUUCAGAAGUCCUUGUUAUAGCUGACAAGCAUUCCAGUCCUAUCCAUGUGGCAGCAGAUUUACUUUCACAGGCAGAGCAUGGGCCAGAUAGCCAAGUCGUACUGGUUAUUGCUGGGGAUGGUGUUGAUCUAAAUGCUAUUCAAGAGGAAAUAAGAAAGCAGUGCCAAGCCCUUCCAAGGGAAGAAUUUGCACUUCAGGCACUCAACCACAGCUUCACUGUGUUCGCACGGGAUAUGCUCGAGGCAAUUUCCUUCUCAAACAUGUAUGCACCUGAGCAUCUGAUAAUCAAUGUGAAUGAAGCUGAGAAGUGGGAAAGUUUAAUUGAGAAUGCAGGUACUUUUUUUUUUGGUCUUAAAAUGCAGGUACUUUAAAUCUCUGUGUUUGCU